AUGCUUUCAACUACUAACGAUAAUGAAAGUUCGACUUCUCAACUUCCACCAUUAAGAUCACAAACAUAUUCACCAGCACAACAACAACAACAGCAUACGACGAGUAAACCUUCGGACACCUUUGUCCUUGGAAAUCGUUUUGGCCAAUCUAAUCGAAACGAUGAACAACGUUAUUCGAAUGACUAUAAUCAACGAAGCAAUGCAACUAAUAAUGAUGCUCAAUUACUUAGACAUCUAUCCGAUGAUUUUGCUCAAUUAUUAAAUCGAACGGAUAUUAGCGAUUGUCUUCUCAAUGUCAGAGGCACUUAUAUGGCUGUUCAUCGAUGCGUUCUUGCUGCUCGAUCGAAUACGUUUGCGGCUGUGAUAACUGGAAACCUCAAUCGAUUGGAUACGAAGACAAGAGAUCAACUGCAAACAGUUACUGAAAACAAUAAAUUAGUUAUCACAAUUGAGAAGACCGAUCCCGAUAUAAUGAAACAAGUGAUCAUAUUUCUCUACACAGCUAAAUGUGAACUAAAUGAACGCAAUGCAUAUGGUCUUCUGGAUGCCGCUGGUCGAUAUGAUAUCAAAAGUUUGAAAGUAUAUACGGGUCAAUUUGUGUCAAGUCUUGUCAAUACGAACAACGUUCUAGCGUUAUUAGAAGGUGCCUAUCGAUACAAGAACAAACAUGUUCGUCAAAAAUGUAUUGAAUAUUUUCUUGAUCAUGCAAAAGAAAUCAUGGCUAGAGACAGUGUAUGGAGUGAUUUUGCCGAGAAAAAUGAAGCGAUUGUUGCUGAACUUCUUUAUUGGAUUGUAAACAAAACUGAGUUUCAAAAUAUGUCUCAAUCGGAUGUCUAUUCACAAUGGUAA